AUGCCGAAGAGCGGCGCUACCGCAACCUCCGUAAGCACUCGAGCUCUUGCGUGGGGCAAGCCUCGGGGCGCGAGAGCGGCUGAUCUCUCCGCCGCGGCCGCAGAGCAAGAGGACGGAAAUGCUCAAGUGGGUUACCCCGCCUCCCAGAACAACGAGACGGAGCUGCGCAAGCUCAGGAACGAGAUCCAGUCGCUCAAGGACGAGAUCCAGUCACUCAAGCAGGGCGAGAUCCAGUCGCUCAAGCAGGGCGAGAUCCAGUCGCUCAAGGACCAGCUCAACAACCUCAGCACGCCGAGCGCCACCUGGGGCAUCGCUGGCUGGGUGGACUCCCUCGCCCUCACCAAGGUGGUGGCCGAGGGGCUGAAAGAGCCGGCCGGCACCGACCCGUUCGAGUACGUGUGCAGCCUCUCGCUCGCCGACCUCGAGGGGAAGCUCGAGGCGGUGAAGCUGAGUGGACUCGCUGCGCCCCUCUGGUCCGCCGUUGAGAAGCUGCGCGACCAAAGCGCCGCGACCGGGGCGGCGCUGAACGCCAAGUUCGCUGCGGAGGGCGACGCGUUCAAGGGCCUCGAGAAGAUCAUCGGGGCGCCGCUCAUGGUGGAGGGCUCGCUCCUCAAGGCCAUGGAGACGGAGCACUGCAAAGAGAAGGAUGCGGACGUGCCGUUCGACACGUCCAACGGCAUCGAGGGCGUAUCCUCCCGGCUGGAGUGGGAGUUCGUGGUCGCGCCCGUGAUCGAGGACGGCCGCUACGCGGAGCGCGGCGGCGACUUCCGCACGGUCCACCCCGACUGGUGCCGCAAGCCGGAGCCGCUCUCGGUCUACGAGGCGAAGAUGGCGGACGAGGUGAACCCGAGGCUCGUCGAGGCGGGGCAGGCGCCGCUCACGUUGGAGGAGCUCGUCGCCGGCCGGAUCUACACGGGGCCGAUGUACGAGAAGUACAACGGCGUCCUCCGCUUCUUCUCGGCACGCGAUGCCGACGGCGCGGUGCUGCUGGAGUACGCCUCGGUGGACGAGGUGCCCUUUCUGCAGAAGAAGUGCGGCUGGCUUCACCUCGGCGAGUGGGCUGCGACGGCGGCGGGCAAGGGCGAGCCGGGCGCGGUGCGCUGGACGUGGCACAACCAGUACUCGACCACCAUCCACGCGAUCAACUCGAUCAUUGUCAAGCUGUCGCCGCUGACCAGGAUCACGCCGCUCUACCGCGGCUGGACGGGCGCCACGCUCCCGGAAGCCUUCUUCAAGCCGGACGCGCUCGGCUUCCGCGGCGGCGUCGAGUACGGCUUCUCGUCGACCACCACCGACCGCGCGCAGGCGGUGCAGUACGCGGCGGGCAAGGCGUCGACGGUGCUCGAGCUCGUGAUGGGCAUGAUCGACCGAGGCGCCGACAUCUCGUGGCUCUCGCAGUACCCGCACGAGAGGGAGACGCUGCUGCCGCCGCUCAUGGGCCUGCAGGUGCGUUCGACGGGCGUGGAGGGCAGCACGCUCGUCGUGCAGUGCAGCUUCUCCAUCAGCAUGGCCUCGCUCACGCUCGAGCAGGUGGCGGGCAAGCGCAAGAAGCUGCUCACCGACAUGGGCUCGCAGAUGGCGGCGGAGGUGCGUCGCGGGGUGGCGGAGGGGGCAGCGGAGGAGGCGUUGCAACUAGUGCGCGUCCACCUCGGCCUCGAGCGGUGUGCGGACGCUGGGGGCGCAGCGGACAAGCGGCUCGAGGCGCCGCUCGGCGACGAGGCUGAGGAGUACAACUCUGACGCGCGCUUCCAAGCGGCGGUGGGCGACGCGCUCAAGGUGAAGCGCGCGGCGAUGCUCGCGGCGACGAUGCACCGCGGCGCCGGCGGGCUUGCCGCGGCGAUGAAUGCGGUAUUGCCGCUGCAGGCCAGCCGCGUCGAUUUGACGGGGCUCGACCUUGGCAGCGACGAUGGCGUAAUGGUGGGAACAAUGGUCGCGUGGAUGAAGUCGGAGCCGUCGGCGCUGACGUCGCUGACGCUUGACUGGGGCGUGGCAUGCGGCCGCGUGCGGGAGGCGGUGCUCAGCGUGGUGCGGACGACGCGCACGCUCGUGGCGCUGAGCGUGGGCGAGAAGGGGGCGAUGCCGCUCAACCCGCUGCAGCUCACUGGGCGCGAGGCGCUGACGUCGCUUGUUUUGUCGAGCAGGGGCCUCGGACCCGGAUCGGCUGCCGUCGUCGCGGCGGGUCUCUCGGUCAAUGAGGUGCUGACCUCCUUGAACAUGGAAGGCAACGAGAUCGGCCCCACCGGCGCGACUGCGAUCGCCGAGGCGCUGCGGGGCAACGAGGUGCUGACCAAUCUCGAAGUGCGUCGCAACGAGAUCUCGGGAGACGCCGCGCAGCAGCUCGCGACAGCUGUGCUCGCCAGCCCAUCGCUCGAGCUCUUCGGCUCGGUGCCGCUGAAGAAGCUGCGCGCAAACACACUCGGCAAGAGGCUAGGUUUGAGCGGCAAGGACCUCGGGGUGCCAGAGGCCCUUGUGCUGGCCAAGCUGGUCGAGGGCAGCGAGGUGCUGACCAAGCUGAACCUCGACGACUGCGAGCUCGACCUGCCAAAGCUUCGCGGCACCGACCCGGCGACAUCGCUCGACCUCUCCAACUCGGGCUUCUCAGGCCUCGGGCCCGCCGCUGCCGUCGUGAUCGCGUCGCUGAUUGCGGGCAACGGGGUGCUGAAAAAUCUCUACCUCAACAACGACGCGAUCGGCGGCGAGGGCGCCAAGGCGCUGGCCUCCGCUCUGCGCGUCAACGGGGUGCUGAGGGCGCUCUGCCUCCACGGCAACAGCAUCGGCGACGCAGGCGCCGUCGCGAUAGCCGAGGCACUGCGCGUCAACGGGGUGCUGACCAACCUCAACCUCGGCUGGAACCAUAUCGGCGCCCAGGGCGCCACUGCGAUCGCCGAGGCGCUACGAGGCAACGCGGUGCUGAAAACCCUCGACCUCCACUAUAACAACAUCGGCGGCGAGGGCGCCGUCGCGAUCGCCGACGCCCUUCGCGUCAACGCGGCGCUGACCGCGCUCGACCUCUCGGACAACUCCGCGCUCUGCGGGGUCAGGUACGGGCGGGGCAGCUACGACGCUUCCGGCAUCCAAGCACUUGCAGAGGCCUUGAAGGUCAAUAAGGUGCUGAUGAGCAUCGACCUCCGCGGCAUCAGUUUGGGCGAUGAGGGUAUAUGGGUUCCAUCUCUUGGGAGGAAAGCGAUUCACGAUGCGGUGAGCGGGCGUGAAGGGUUCCAUCUCUAUAUGGAUGCCCGAUGGCCGUCGGCGCUGAAGCUUGCCUGGGAAAAGGCGUGCGACGGCGUGCAGGAGGCAACGCUGCGCUGCUUAUUGUCUCUGCAUUCGACUCUCGUGUCACACGAGCACACCCCGUAA